AUGAGUUUUCUUUCCUUUAUCUGGAUAGUUUCUGUAAUUCUCCAAUUAACUGCCGGAGAGACAGAACAUCAUCUCAGCUCAAUAUUUCUUGCAGGUACGUACAACAACUAUUGUCAGCUGGAAUGUCCCGGUGCACCGCAACACACACUUUGCGAAAGCCCAUCUGCUACAAAAUCAUUGGAACAGUGUGAAAACUUCCAGCAAUUGCUCGGAAGUCCUGAGCUGUGGACGAACCUUCUGAACGCACACAAUGGCGUCCGCAAUCGGUAUGCGAUGCGUCGCUCGAUAACCAACAUGAAGAAGCUCGUGUGGGAUGACGAACUGGCCCGCAUGGCUCGGUUACAUCUUGCUUCCUGUCAACGGUACCAGCACGACCCCUGCACGCUUCUCAGCAAUCCAAACGUCUACAGCCGGGACUAUCGAAAUGUGCGUCAGAGCAAAGCGUUCGUGAUCGAGCGCUACCUGCCAAAGUACUACGCCAUCGAUGUCCUACGCAGGUGGUACCUGCAGAAGGAUGAGACACCGCCCCCGAAGGUGACGGGCGCCCAUCAGCUGCAGCAAGUGGCGCUGAACAAUUUCACCCUAUUAACCUGGGCCGGUCUCGAGCGGGUGGGUUGCGCCGCGGCCAAGUACCGCGAUGGAUUCCAGCUGGUGUGCAACUACUUUCCCUUCUACUCGCUGGCCGAACCGAGCGCCGAGCUGGGCCGACCGGCAACCCGCUGCCCACGAACAUUCCCUCUGCGCAGCAAAAUCUUUGACGGACUGUGCACGUUCGAGAUGGACGGUGGCAUGCGUUGGAAGCCGUCGAGCCUGGUCUGGCUACCGUUAAGCUUGCUCUGUCUGCGGCGAAUGGGGGCUGGUGGGUUAGGCCUCUAG